GCCAUUAUCGACAUGCUGUGUAGAAGGCUUCGGUGAGAGAAUGGGACACUUCCACAGACCUCCCUCUUUACGUAUUUCUCUAUUUAAGGGGUCGGCGUAUACCCGAGCACACCAUAUGCGUUGAUGGGCGGGAGCACCGGGGCGGGGGGCGGCGGGCGAGCUGCGCGCGCGCUUCGCUUCCUACUGUUGCUCGUGUUGGCCCUCGCCGCUGUGGAAUACCUCUCCGGGUCUAUACUUGACGCAUCACCACUCAGGACUUAUUUGUACACCCCGCUAUACAACGCUACGCAGCCCACUAUACGAUGUGAGAAAACGUCGGUAUCACGGCCUAAAAAUUCUACGUACCCCAAAAACUCUACACAAGCCAAUAAUUCGACGUACGCCAAAAACGUUACUAUUAAUAGUAUAAAAUAUAAUUCCACAAACAUAACUACUGCAAAUAUGACGCGACAAAACUUAACAGAAGACACCAGUACAUCGGUGCUCAUCACAAAACUGAUGGAGAAUAUCAAGAAUCUCGUUACAACUGAAGAAUUGGAAAUUCAGAGAACAGAACCUGCUUUGCCACUUUGUGAUAAAGUACCACCUGAUUUAGGUCCUGUCCCAGUCAACAAAACCGAAGUAGAACUGGAAUGGGUGGAAAGGAAAUACCCAGAAGUGCAUCGGGGCGGUCGAUACUCGCCCCCCAACUGCACCGCCAGAUACAAAGUUGCCAUUAUUGUGCCAUUCAGGGAUCGUCAGCAACAUUUAGCGAUAUUUCUUAAUCAUAUGCAUCCAUUCUUAAUGAAGCAACAAAUAGAAUAUGGAAUAUUUAUUGUGGAACAAGAAGGCAACAGUGAAUUCAACCGCGCUAAGCUAAUGAACGUCGGCUUCAUGGAAAGUCAGAAGCAGAAGGCCGGUGGCUGGCAGUGCUUCAUUUUCCACGACAUCGACCUGUUGCCGCUGGACAUGCGGAAUAUGUACUCCUGCCCUAGACAGCCGAGGCACAUGUCAGCGUCCAUAGACAAACUAAACUUUAGGCUACCAUACGAAGAUAUAUUCGGCGGUGUAUCAGCAAUGACCCUAGAACAGUUUGUUAAUGUCAACGGCUUCUCCAACAAGUACUGGGGCUGGGGUGGAGAAGAUGACGACAUGUUCUAUAGGUUGAAAAAGAUGAAUUAUCACAUAGCAAGAUAUAAGAUGUCUAUAGCACGAUAUGCUAUGUUAGAUCACAAAAAAUCAGCACCCAAUCCCAAAAGAUAUCAAUUAUUAUCGCAAACUAGCAAGAUAUUCCACAACGAUGGACUAUCUACCCUCAAAUACGAACUUGUUGAAGUAGUUCAAAACCACCUGUAUACACACAUACUGGUGAACAUUGACGAGCGUAGCUGAUGGACAUAUUUCGCCAAACUGCUGUUUGGCGACGAACGGUAACAAAAGUGCAAUAGUGCUGACACAGUGUGGACAUUUUGUGAAAAUCUCAUUAGUUGUCCUAUAUUUGUUUUGAUCUCUUAUUAUUUUAAUCGAGUAUAAAACAGACGUAAAUUUACAUAGAUACCACAGGUGCAGUUUGUGUGUAUUUUUUUUUUGUUAAAAGCAAAAAUAUUUUACUUCAACCCCAGGUAAAUUUUAACUUAAAUAUGACUAACUUGGCAACUCCUUUUAAAUAGUCAAGUCAGUUAAUCAGAAUAGAUUUGAAUUUUCAGAUUUGUGACUAUUGAAGAAAUUUUAAUAGAAUAGUUUGACCUAUAAAACAGGGGCUGUAUGGGCGAGGUACAUUUUGCUAUUUCAAUGAAAAAAAAAGUGACGUAGAUGCUGUUGAAAACCUCUCAGACAAAAUGAUCCAAAAUAAUAGAAUAUGUACUCAUUUAGUAUUAACCUUUGAUAACUAACAUAAAUAACAACAUUCAAAAUUUUAAUUGACUUGGCAUAAUUAAUGGGAAAUUGCCGGCUUGUAUCAUAUCGUUGAAAAACAUGGUACGAUUGAUUUUUAUACAAAAAUUAGUACUCGUAGUUUUUGUUUAUAUUUAAUAACGCGUGUCGAACAGAACCAGUGAAAGGUGUAAGGUCCGAUAGUGGUCUACUGUAGAACUGUGACCUCCUUUUUAUAUAAAACUAUAUAUUUAUCAAAAUUGUAAACUUCACACAGAUUUGUCGGUAUGCUGCUGUAUUAGUUCCCCCUAACGGAAAAUAUGUAUAUUUUAGAUAUUCAAAACAGCUUGUUAUGUAAAUAUAUCGACAAUGCUAUUAGACACAUAUUGGAAAGUGUUUGUGUGAAUGUUGACUGAUAAUUUAUUUCAGUGUGACUCCAUUAUAAUUGAGAUCAUUAAUUGAAGUUAAAAAACUCAACCUAACUGGUUCCUGUAAUUAAAAAAUCUAUUUAUAUUGACACUUCUGUUGUAUUUUAAACCCGAAUUAUGAUAUGAAGUUUUCCUGUAUAUACAGUUUUUUUUAUUUUUAAGUAUACUUAUUUAUUGUUGUGUGAAAAUGAAAUUAUGCCGUUCAAUUUACAAUGUAUGUUUUUUUUUUUAUUUAACGCUGUCCAUUUUUAUUUUUAUUAUAACGUAGUGUAAGGCUGGAACAAAGUAAAAUAUCAGAUACAAUAAAUAAAGUAAGUCGAAUAGCCUAUCUAUACGGUGACUUUCUUGUAUUUCCUUAAUAAAAUUAAAGUAGCUAUACUAUACGCUGGUGAAUAAACUUAUAAAUCUUUGGAUAAAUGUUUUAUAAUGUUCUAUAAGUACAAUAUUAAGUACAAUUUAAAAAGUCGUUGUUUAUAAAUCUCUGUAGUGUUAUUUUAUGAUUUGUAAUCAUAAUUUAUAUAAAUAACUACCAUGAUAGAAAGUCAUUGCUCUUGUCUAUGGCCCUUGUAAUAAUAAGAUGUCACACUCUGAAAAUUUUACAUAUUGUAUUAAACUCCUAAUAUAUCGGAUUGAAGCAUUUGCUUUAGACUCAUUGUAUAGAUAUAUUUUAUACAUUUGAGAUAUGGAAAUAAAAAUAAUUAUAUGUCCAUGUUAAUAAAUGUAACUUGGUCCUGUAUAAUCUUAAGAACAUAUUAUGACAAUAUUACGUAAAAUUUGUAAAUUUCAGUAACGAAUCAUAGAGUACUAUUAUAAGAUAUUUUAUACAAAACAAACUAAGUUACAAAGAAAUAGAAGCACGAGGCUUAUAGAAUACAUAAGCUUGU